AUGCUGGCACGCUGGGCGCUACGACGCACCCUGCGCGAUUCAAAGCCAAGAGCAAUAUCAACCUACACGCGACAGCCAUCGAGUUUUUAUAACAACAUCCCGUCAAAUGACAUCAAUGGCCUUCACAGGAUCACAAGAAAGAGACCGAACAUCAAUCAAAAUGUACGAUCAAAUAUUCAAUCACGAAGUAUAAUGAUGGAUUCUAUUCCAACCUUUGCUAUACCACCUCUCAUGUUCAUCGGGCUCCUACUUGGUCUAUGGACCUGGAAAUGCUUCUGGAUCAUUGUCAUGCAAAACAAGCUCCUCUACCUAUCUUGGUUACCUCCAUUCACGAGGUCUGAUGCCAUUUCAGACCACGAGGCCGAGUGCAGACCAGUGCGGUGGGAGGAGAAGCAAAUUCGCAGUUUAGAUGGGACCAAAUUGGCUGUUUGUGAGGGCCACAUUCCGGUUCCUCAUAUGGACGAUGGCCUUUGGAAAACUAAAGAUCAGGGGAAACUGACCCUCAAACGCAAAAAGUCCAUUGUGAUCUGCUACUUCCAGGGCAAUGGUGGAUCAACCCCUAUGCGAUUGCCUCUUCUUUCUCACGUCUUGCGCGCAAUUGCGGAGACGUCACAAUCAACUUCAUCUCCUAUAUCUGAAUCCCAAGUCUCUCAAUAUACCAUCGCUGCUCUAUCAUACCGCGGCUACUGGACAUCGUCUGGUCGCGCCACACAGUCCGGCAUUGAGAUGGAUGCUCAGGCAUUCUUGAAUUGGGUUUCGGAAACAUAUGCGACCCCAGAAAACGAUCUUGAGAUUGUAAUUUGGGGACACAGUCUGGGUGCUGCUAUUGCAAGCUCAGCAGUAUGUACCUAUAUUGCCCGCCAACACGAGGGACAAACCUCAAACACAAGCAGUCACAAGCCCCUGGCGCCUAUUACCAGGCUCAUUUUGGAAGCGCCAACAUCCAGCAUUAAAGAUAUGCUCAUCAGCCUAUAUCCUCAGAAAUGGCUCCCCUACAGGUAUCUUUGGCCGUUCUCCUGGAAUACCUGGGAUAUCAAGGCGAAGAUGAAACAAAUGACUACAUGGAGAGACCAGCCUGGAUCUCAAAUCGCCGACUCUGGCGCUACGCCAACACCUCGCUCACUUCCGCCGAUUUUCCUUAUAUCUGCCGAGAAAGAUGAAGUCAUCCCAUCAUAUGUACCAGACCAAUUAGAACAACACGCCAAAUCCCUCGGCUUGCAGAUGGAGCGAAAAGAUGUUCUAGGCGCUAUGCAUAUAGAAGCACCACUAAAACUGGAUGGCAGGAAGGCACUGGUGCAAUUUAUCCUGAACGGCGCAACCGCGCCCAGGACAUAA